AUGUCGCCUCCUCUUAUACUUGGUCCAGAGGAUCCUCCCGUACUUCCAUCGCCACGUCCGCGUCCGCUCACGCCGUCGGAUGACAAUAAUUUGACUAUGCACCCACAGGGUGAAUCUCCGUUUUUCAAUCGGUUGCCUUUGGAAAUUCGUUUGCAAAUUUACGGAUUCCUUUUUGGAGACCGCACCUUGCACAUCGAGCUAUCAUAUGACAGGCCUAAGACCAAAGGUCUCCGCCACGCUGGUUGGAGUGGCGAAGCGAGUCCUGACCGACGUGUGGAAUGGAGAUGGAUCAGCUGUGCGUGCUGUGAUAAGCACGAUGUCGAUGGCAUUGCGCAUGACCCAAGCGCGUGUAAAGUUAACGCAAAGUGGCUUCUUACAUGCCGCAAAGGGUAUUCCGAGAGCAUUGCGAUUCUCUAUAAGACCAACACUUUCAAUGUCCCGUUCUCUAUCUAUACUAGCCCCAGGGACCACCAACAAAGGACCUUAGGUUACCUGGAAGAGGGGAGCCAUCAUGUGCCAUUUCUUUCACGUGGUAUACCCUCCCACCGGUUCUCGACUAUUACAUCUCUCGAGGUUAUAUCCUGGUACAUUGAUGAACCUCCUCGACCUAGCGACCCACUUGCCCUUGCAGCCUACGAGAUGUCGUGGCGCGAAUUGGUUCUUCCCGGGCUGCGCAAACUGAGAGUAGCGGCCGACACUAAGCCUUUUCCUAAUGGAAUGAACGUUUCUGUAGGAGUAGAAGCUGCGUGGUUUGGUAUUGUGGACGAUAUAGUCAGCGAAAAACGUUUGGAUCUUGAGUUCAAGCUUCCACUGUCGUGGUUUUUGGGCCUCAGAAGGGGCGGCAUAGUGGAAUCUUGGCACGAUAGCAAUGAUUACAGAACAUGGAGGUAUUGGAGGAAUGUUGGACUAGACGAGGCCACCGACGGCUGGGAUGCCAAUCCUGGUUACUGGGUUACAAAUCUGGGCUGA